AUGUCUCAUAUGCAAGGUCGCCAAGCGCCUAUUGUGAUGGUGAUUGAUUUUCACCAUGCAAGAGGCCCAGAAAUCGAACUAUGCAUUGGAGAAGAUGGCACUGAUAUUGCGACCGAGAAUGACUGGUCGCUCUUACCAUUCAUGGCGCUAUCAGAUGGAGCGCAUGCAUCUACCGAGGAGUUCUCCUACUUCACCCUCCGCAAGAAGGAGACCGCGACGGAGCCCGCAACCUCGCUCUUCGGCAUCGCCUGUUCCCGCCAGAUCGACUCGAACCUGCUCCUGAACCGCCCUUCGGACGUUACCAGGUCCACCGUACAAAAGGCCGUCGUCGUGAUAACGGAUACACCGCAGACUGUGGGGCAGUUGAGGGAGAAGCUCUCCGUGGUGACCUCCGCUUGGUUUGCGCAGCGGGAUUUCUCCGACACUGAUAUCUUGAAGAAAUUCCGUGAAGGCCUGAUCAUCAGUUGGGAGCAAAAUGAAGCAUCGAAAGAUCAGAAUCUCGGACUUUCUCUGCGAGAGAUGAUUCACGAGUUCAAGUAUCAGACUCUCGUCCUGUUCAAAGCUCUGCUUCUACAACCAAAGAUGCUCUUCUUUGGCUCGCGAUGCGAGCGGUUAUGCAUGAUCCAGUUUUCACUGAUCUCGCUGAUACCGGGGCUCAUCAAUAGCCUCCAGGAUUGUGCCGAUCCGUCAGCCGACAGCUAUGAGCAGACCGUGAAGAAACCCACGUCUCUGAAAACGAGUGAUAGAGCAUCAUUGUUAGCAUAUAUGGGAUUGCCAUUGCAGAUUUUUGGAAAGGGGAGUAUGUUUGGCCCUUACACGCCGCUCCAGCAGCUGGAUCUGCUGGCGGAUUAUGGGACUAAGUCGUAUGUUGUUGGUUCUACGAAUUCGCUUCUCCUCCAGCAGAAGGAUCGUUAUAGCGAUAUUUUAAUUAAUCUCGACGAGGACACCAUUAACAUCUCGUCACCUUCUCUUCGAAAUGCAUUGAUACUCUCCGCUGCCGACAGACGCUGGAUUGACCUCCUCACUCAGAUCAUAAACGAUACUUGGGAUGAAGCGCAUCCCCAGCGGCCCAAGGAUCACGGGUACAUGGGCUCGGAAGAAUUUAUCAGGCUCCAGUUCGAGGAGUACCUACUUGCGCUGCUCGCGUGUAUGAAGUACCACGAAGAAUUGCAACCCUUCAACAAUGGCGAACCAGGCCGGAGGAGCAGAGCGCAGCUGGAGGCGUACAAUAUCGAAGGGGACCCGGCCCUGGAAUUCAAUCCGGAGUUCCUGACACAGUGGCAGACCACCUCCAACUAUGCACUAUUCAAGCGGCUGACAUCCGACGCGCUCUUAUUCUCAAUCGCUGAACCCCGUCACCCCUGCGCCGGCGGCCUGACCAUCGAGGAUGUCCAGCGACGAUUGUCGCAACAGGUUGCCGAACUCCACCUCGACGAACGGGUCCGCGAAGGCCGGGAGGCGCUGAACAGACACCUAAGCACAGGCCAGAAGAAGGUGAGCGCCGCCUUCAACAGCUUCUGGGCUGACAUCGAAUCGAUGCGCGAAGCCCAACGCAAGCGCAACGAAGAAAAAGCGCUCCAAUCGCAACGCUCCUCCCUGGACAACAGCACCGUCAGCUCCCCGCCCCUCCCUGCCUCGGACACAGCAUCCGUCAACUCGACCACAACAAGCUCGUGGUUCGGCGCCCGCAAGGCCCCCACCGUCGACAUCGCGCAGGCGCAGGCCUCCGUGAACGCAGUGAGCCAGAAGGCCGGCGCAUACCUCAGCUCCUGGGGCUCGUGGGCCAGCGAAAAACGCAAGGAGUGGCAGGAGAAGAAAGCCACGACCCCCUCCUCGCCCUCCUCAACCACCUCCCCGACCCUCAAGACCAUCGCCGAAGGGGCGGAUGCAGAGCGCGGCCGCCGCCGCUCGUUGCAGCAGUCGCGCCCCAACGAGGACUCCGGCACACUCUCGCGCAGCGGCAGCCGCCGCAAGCGAUGGAGCAACAUCCUCCUGCGGCGCGAAAGCGGCGACUUCGGCUCCCGCUCCCCGACCCGCCGCGACGACGGCAGCGCCGACAGCAGCGAGCCCGAUCUCCCUGCGUUCCCCAAGUCGCCUCUGUCGCGGGAGGCCUCCAUCGCCGACAAGGAGUCGAGGGCGAAGCCCGACGAUUCUCCUACACCACCCCAACCAGACAAGGAGAACGCCCACACUGUACCAUCAAUAUCCACAUCAGCAGCAACAUUAGCAACAGAAACAGCAACAGCAGACCCGCACACUCCAAGCCCCGAGCCAACACAAGCAACCACCUCCACACUAGCUGAAACCCCUCAGAACUAA